AUGUUGGAGAUGAGUCGCCCAAGCAGUGACCCCGACAACAACGGGGAGAGCAAACCCGAAGACCACCGCCGAGGAUCACCAUGUCGGCCCGAAACUAGGGUCUUGUCCGCGUUCAAAAGAGACACAGAAGCUAGUAAAGUUUACCUGGCUGGACAAGAGUAUUUUGGAGAGGACGGGCAAACAUUUGAUUUGCGACUUGUUGGUAAAAUAAAACACCAGUUAAGAACAGAUCCGACCAAUCGUCCGGCGUACCCAUCGCCUCUUGGUCUGACAGGAUUUAUCCAUCAAGCCACAAAGGUUACAUUGGGGAAGAGUUUAAAGCCAUUACUGGAAAGCAGAGUCUUAGCUGCUCAAACUCCUGGUUUUAAUUCGGCUGUGCGACUUGGAGCUGAACUCUUAAGAGACUGGUUUGAAAACUCACCUUGGUCAGGCCCAGUGUUCCUGUCUGCCCCGUGUGAUGGUUCUCUGGCCAGUAUCUUCCAGGCAGCAGGCAUUGAUGAUAUCCGCCAUUAUUACUAUUGGGACAACAAGCAGCGUGGUGUUUGUUUGGAUAAGCUUGUGGAGGAUUUGGAGAGAGCCCCUCAUCAAAGUGUUGUGGUUCUAUCUGCUUCAUGCCAUUACCCAACCGGAGCAGAUCUUACUGACAAUCAAUGGGAUAUAAUUACACAAAUAAUGAAGGGGCGUAAGCUGUUUCCUUUCUUUCUACUGCCCAUGCAAGCUCUGAGUACUGGAGAUUUGGGGCGUGAUGCAAAACCCAUUCAGAAGUGUGCAGAGCUGGGGAUGGAGUUCAUGUGUGCGCAGUCGUUCGCCCACUCUUUCGGACAAUACGGUGAAGCUGUCGGUCACCUCUUAUGUGUCUUACGAGACAACUCCCUGCUGAUAGCGAAGAAGUCACUGGCUGAAGACAUUGUGAAAUCCUUGUGGGCUCACCCUUCUAUGAUGGGCGCACAUAUUGUUGCUACUAUUCUUGGAAAUCCAGCCCAUUUUGUUGAGUGGCAAGAGGAGAUGAAGCGCAUUGUUGAAAGGUGCAUGUUGAUCCGACAAGUUUUGAAAGAAAAACUGAGGCAUUUGGGAUGUCCAGGGAUUUGGGACCAUCUCACCACACAACAAGGACUAUUCAGUUGUAUUGGAUUAAGUGACCCACAGGUUGAAUUCUUGGCAAACUCAAGGCAUGUGUACCUUCUUCCUAACGGCUGCCUUAAUGUGAGUGCAAUCCAUGGAGGGAAUCUGGAGUAUGUUGCAGCGUCUAUUCACCAAGCUACCUCACUGGGACAUUGA